GACAGACAAAAACAACGACUCCCCGCCCUGAAUGUCUGCCUCCAUAUAGCAACCACAGACAAUGACUGAUUCCGUCAUCUCACAAGCAUUGGACUUGCUCCCGACUGGGACCGUCUCGCCUGCUGUCUCUGCUGUUUCGGACGUUAUUAAUCCAUCACAACUGGCUAUGCCUCCGGCUUACCUGUCACCGGCUAUGCUCCUCAGCACCACAUUCAAGACAGAGGACGAUCAAGACAAUGAAGACGACGGCGACAUGUCUGCAUCACCUGCAUCUAGCGACAAUACACCAUCAAGACCGUCACGUCCACCGCCAAGAAAGAAGGCCAAGACGGCGGAAGAAAAGGAGAUUCGAGCACAAGAGCGUAUCCUUCGCAACCGACAAGCUGCCCAAGCUUCACGUGAACGGAAACGCAAGCAUAUGGAAGAACUAGAAGUGACCAACGAGAAGUUGGAAGCGGAGAAUGCCCGGUUACACAAGAGGGUGAAGGCCGCUGAGGAGGAAAGUGCGGAGCAUAAGCGUCGUCUUGAUGAGAUGGCUGCCCAACUUGCUGCGAUUCAAUCGAGCCUCUCUGCUAUCAAUGCAGCCAGACCGAUUACACCUACUACUCCCGGAAACCUCCUCGAGCAGGGAAACACCAUCAUCCCUGCCUUUCACCCAUCACCCAUCCGAGUCGAUGUUCCUCUUGUCAGUAAAGCCGUCUCGACCGAGUCAACAGUAGCACAUCCAGCACGGAUGUCCUAUCGCCAGCAGUGCCUGUUGACUAUGUCGGAGCUUUACUGCCGACAAGCGAGCACCUUCCUCAUCUCCACCCUUCUCAACUAUACGACUUUUCUUCUCUUCUUAUGUCAGAACUCGCCCCUCCUUCGUACGAUCAUGACGGCUUCUUCUUCGACGCCCUUCUCGACUCAAACCAUUGUUCAUAUCAUCCGCCUGGCGACUCUGUCCUUGACUCUGCGUAUGGCGCGGCGCUUACAGCCUGCGACGACGCGACGUUCAUCUGAGGCGACGUUGGUGAAUGAGCUGGGUUUGGGACUUGGUGUGCGUCAGAAUUGGCGGUUAGGAUCCUCGAGGAACGGCGUGGGACGUAAGGAAUGGAUCGGAAAGGAAUACGAGUAUGAGACGGACCCUCCAUGAGGUGGGAU